AUGAAGGAGGACAAGCGUCCGUCGCAAUGGCGCGAGAUCUUAUCCGCCGGGGUGGACGGGUGGUCCUCGUUCAGCGACACGUGUUCGGACGAACCGAACGAGAAAGAUCGAGGGAAUAACAACAUCACGACGAGCAAGAGCGGUUUGGAAGUCCAGCAGCAACAACAUCAACAAACGAAUCAUCAUCAUCAUCAUCAAAAAGAGAAAUCGUACCCGUCGUUGGACGUGCACUGGAAGCAAGAACGAAGGGACAUCGAGUGGCAGUGUUUAUGGCUCGAGUUACGUCUGAAAGAGUUGCAAUCGCACAAGAAUAGGUACGAGAAAAAGUUGAAAUUGUUGGAUGAAAAUGCGGCUGCUGGAGGAGACAAGGAAAGAACGAGCAAACCGAAAUCGAAAAACGGGAAGCUGGCAAAGAUGGUGGUGUUUAACGAACAUCCGCUUUUUGAUCCAAUUCGAAGACGACGGGAGAAGAUUUUGAAGAAAAGGAAAUUGAUGACGAGUGAUGAGGACGACGACAAGGAAAAGGACGGCGAGGACGCGAAGAUGGCGACGGAGGUACCGGACGAGGACGGGAAAUCGAACAAGAAGGCGAAGACCGACGACGACACGUCGAAAGAACACAAAGGGAAUAAGUCCGGGUCGGGUGGUGAUUCGGACGUCUCCAACACCGUCAUGCACGAAAAAUGCGAGGAUUUGAAAAAGCGCUGUUUAGGUUUGAUGCAACGAUUAGGGCAACCGCCGCCGAUUUUUACCUCGAAUCAAGGCUCCGGCGGGGGCGCGAAAGGAGGGAAAGGUGGUGGCGGUGGCGGUGGUAGCGGCCGCGGAAAUAGAAAUGGAAGGAAUAGAAACAGGAACUAUCCGCACGGCGGUGGUAGUGGUGGUAACGCCGGUGGAGCUGGUUCAGGAAAAGACGGAAACAACGACACCAAUAAAGCCGAAGCUGGAAACAACAACAACAACACUAGAAAACACAUGUCGCGAAAGACGGACGAGUACGAUAUUAACAACGUCGUCGGUGAUAUCGUUGGUGCGAAAUACGUCGAGCGCGCGUUGCACGAAGACAUCAACACGCCUUCGGUACGAGUCGUGACGACGUUUACCAUGUCUGUAGAAGAAUUGAGAAGACUGAAUAACAUGGACGCGGCGGCGACCGCGGACGCGAAAAACAAAGACGGCGACGACUCCUCGGAUGAAGACAUCUCGGACGAAGCGUUCGCUACUCGACACGCCAAGUACGAAGUCAUGGAACGAAAUGCGCGCAUGCCUCUCGAACUGUUGAAGAAAGCCGAAAGAGAAAAGAACGGCGGUAAAUCGCCGAGAGGACGAAAAGCAAACAAACCGUCUUCAGUCUCGAAAUCCAACUCUGGAAACGAGGACGAGAAACGAGCGGUGAAAAGAUCGGUCGAUUUAAACGCCAUCCACGCCUCCGCGCCGGUCGUUUUAUCCAAAAAAGGCGGGGACGCACCGCGUGCCUCCGAAUCGAAUUCCGACUCUCCCAGCGACGGCAGCGCCGAGCUGAACGAAGACGUGGUCAGAGAAAUUUUACGAGCGUCGUGA